GACGUCACGGGGAGAGGCGUUCGGAGUAUGGCUCAGGAAUUCGACACAAAAAUCCGGUUGGACUUCAUUGGUGAAGAGCUCGCGUAACGCCGUGUCGUCAGAAGCGCCCAGCCUUAAAUCUCAGUCGCUUGGGUCCAACACGCUACCGGACCGAACAGGCUGCUUUCUCGCCCAACAACACGGAUCUGUCGCUCUCCAACAUGUCUGUGCCGAGCAUUUUACCUGACCAGGCGAUGUUCGACGACUUUAAGCGUCAGUGCCUAUCGACGGAUAAUUGGUUUAAAAAGUAUGACGACAGCGGGAUGCAGGUGUGGAUCGAGCAGUACCCGACAAACAACAAAGGGAACUCGGUCCCUAAAGUCCACAAGAUCAAGUGUAAAAUCACAAUCAGUGACGUGUCCGCUGCCACCAUGUAUGACGUCCUGCACGACGGCGUGUACCGUAAGACGUGGGACCCUGCGAUGCUGGAGAGCUUCGACAUCGCCCGGCUGUCGGCCAACGCCGACGUGGGAUACUACUCGUGGCUUUGUCCGAAGCCAAUAAAGAGCAGAGACGUGGUGACGCUGCGUUCGUGGCAAGUGACGGACGACGAGUACGUUAUCGUCAACUUCUCCGUCAAACACCCGAAAUUCCCUCCGCGCAGCGACCGCGUGAGGGCCGUGUCCAUCGUCACUGGCUAUUUGAUCAAGGCCACGGGCCCAAACAGCUGUACCUUCAUCUACCUGUCCCAAGCAGACCCUAAAGGCGAUCUUCCAAAGUGGGUGGUGAACGCGGCAACUCGGGCUCUGGCUCCUCGGGUGAUGAGGAGUGUGUACAAAGCAGGAAAGGACUACCCAGAGUGGAAACAGAAACCCGAAAACCUCCCCGACAGGAAGCCCUGGCUGUACCCAGAGCAGACCACCCUGUGUCAGAUGGACCCUGCUGAACUCUCCAUACAGAGGGCGAACUCUCUAGAGAACGUGGACGAGAGCUCAAAGGUGGAGGACAGAAGUUACAUUGAGUCAUAGUGAUGGAGGGGUGACCAAGAGGAGGAUGAACUGUAUAUACUGACUGAUGCAAUGAGCCCCGAAACCUCCUCAUCCUCCACUUUGUCCAAAUCAGUGAGCUUUUUGGGAAUCUACAUGAAGUGUUUACAACCUCCUUAUCAGAUGGAAACGGGCACAGAUCAAGUUACUGUUCACCUCCUCCUAAGCUGAACCGAGCUAAAUGUGUUUGCCAUCAAGGUGCCACAUCUUUGUGGACUACAGGGUUAACACAGGUGCUGGGGAUAAAAUGGCUACACAUUAGUGAGUCUUCUACCAGGCCUUUAGUGGAAGCAGCAAUGCAAUCAUGCAUGAAGUAAGUGACUAGAUGGAAUAGUAGAGUGAAUUGUUCAUGUGACACCAUUUUGAAUUGAAGCCUUUAAGCUUAAAUUAUUUUCUGAGCAGGACACGUGUAAAACCGUGACCAUAAUUAUACAACAGCGAUAAAACAGGUUUUAAAACUGUCACAACAAAAGACCAAACGACACUUCUCUGUAUUUAUGUAUUGCUAAACAUUGCAAACUAGGCGACUGAGAUUAGUCAUGAUUAGUGAGCAUCCACACUAUUUUAUUUUUCUGUAAUACCUUUUAAUACAGUAUGAGGGUCACUGUAUUUAUCACUAUGAAUUCUACAGACUGUACACUUGCAUAAACACUGAGCAGGAUCAACAUGUUUAUUUCUUUUAUGUAAAGAACCAGCGUGACCAUUAAGCUUAUGUUUAUUUAUUUUUAAAUUACUGAAAGCUCUGAAGUUCUGACAGAAGCUGGGACUGUUUAUCUACUUGUGGUAUUCUAUGUAAAGAAUGUUGCACAAUCUGAACUUUCAAACAAAAUAAACCUCACAGGUUAACAGGC